AUGGAGUUUAUGGAUAUUAUUAAAACACCUCAGGUGGAAAAUGUAACGUUUACCAUGGUAGGCGAAAGAAAGUCCGUGUCUGGAACUUUAUGCUUAACAUCGCACCAGUUGAUAUUUUUUGAUAAAGAAAACAAGAAAGACGAAUUAUGGAUUUUCAUAUCCAGCAUUGACUCCCUUGAAAAAAAGAUCACUGAUUCAUCCCUGGUAGUUAACAUUAGAUGCAAAAACUUUCGCAAUAUCCAGCUAACAAUAGGAGAUAUAACGAAAGCUUCUGAUGCGUUCGAAUCCAUUGAAAAGUUGGUAAAAAUCAACGAAAUCGAUAAGCAUCACGCCUUCUAUUACAACCCUAACUUUGCUAUAACUGAAGACGGCUGGAAAUCGUUUAACUUAGAAACAGAAUAUGCUAGAUUAACUGCUGGAUCUCGCGACUUUCGCGUAUUAGAAGUUAAUAAAGGAUUUAAGAUCUGUAGUUCCUACCCGGAACGGUGCCUUGUUCCUUCUUCAGUCAACGAGAAUAUUAUCUGUAAAUCAGCCAAGUUUCGUUAUCUAGGAAGAUUUCCUAUAGUAUCGUAUAUCUACCAUGCGAAAAAGGCUGUACUGAUGAGGAGUAGUCAACCAUUAUCUGGACCGAACGAAUUGCGUUGUAAGGAAGAUGAAAAGUUGUUAAAUGCCGCAAUAUUUGGUCCAAAGCAUUGUUACAUUGUGGAUACCAGAUUAACUAAUUACGCUACCAAUAUUAAAAAUAAAGGUGGUGGUGUUGAGCCAUCGUGUUACUAUCCGCAAUGGCACCGUAUCCACCGUGGGAUUGAAAACUACAAUUCGUUAAAGGAUAGUUUAACAAAAUUAGUAGAAGCCACCAGUGAUUUCGAUUGUUCAUCGAGCGCAUGGCUUAGCCGAGUAAGCAGUAGCAAUUGGCUCAAUCAUGUUAGAUCUAUUUUGAACACUGCUUGUUUCGUGAUUGGCUAUUUAUUUGAUGAAGGUGCUACGGUUCUAGUCCAUGGUAGUGAUGGUAUGGACGCGACUCUUCAAAUAACAUCUCUCGCUCAAAUUAUGAUAGAUCAAGACUGCAGAACAAUUCGGGGAUUUCAAGCUUUAAUUGAAAGAGAAUGGUUGUUGGGUGGUCAUCCGUUUUCGUCUCGUUGCUCUAAGCUUUGUAAUACUCAAGACAUUUCCACCUCUCCUGUAUUUCUUUUAUUCCUUGAUUGUGUUUGGCAGCUUCAGCAGCAACAUCCUUGCUUCUUUGAAUUCAACGAAGAGUUUUUAAGAGUACUAGGACAUAAAGCAUACUCAUCUGAAUUUGGUACUUUCCUGUAUGAUAGUCAUGCUCAAAGACUACAGGCUCAAUUGCCUAAAAGAACGUGCUCUCUUUGGUCUUACAUUAAUCAAGCUACCGUUAUUAAUGAUUAUAUUAACCCGUCAUAUGAAAUGAGAAAGCAAAUAAUUCGUCCUUCCACUGUUCCACAUUGUAUUGUAUGUAUGAAAAUUUAUCUUUGCCACUACAAUGUAUAUGAAUGGUCAAGUCAUGGCUAA